CGGUGGGAUGCUGUGGGACUGGGGGGGAAGAGGGAGGCGGCAGUGGGUGCUGGGCCUGGGGGCAGGAGGAGAAGGGAAGGAGAAGCAGGGGUGAAGAACAAAAUGAUCAAAAUAUCUAUCUGGGGUUUUACAGAAGAAGGAGAAGGAGUGUGAGGAUGAGUUGGGACACAUGAGGAGGAAGAGCAGGACGUGGAAGAAGCACAAGUUUCAGAGCAGGACGUGGAAGAAGCACAAGGUUCCUCCCUCGCUGUAUGUGCAGUCCCAGGAGUGUUUCCUUGCCCACAGUCAGCAGGCGACUGGAGAGGAGGAUCCAUGAUUUUCACUGGGCUGAAUCUUGGUGUCUCUGAGUUUUAUUGGGCUAAAUGUUGGUGCUUUGGUUUUUUUGCAGGGGCUGAAUCUUUGUAUUCUGGAGGGGGUUUUGCCUGAAUUUGGUGUUUGGGUAGUUUUUGAUCAGUGUUUUGAUGUUUGGAGGAUGUUUUUGCUGAAUCUUUGUGUUUUGGUUUCUUCCAGACACAAGAUGCCCAGUGAUUUUCUGAGAUGAACUUGGGCAAGGAGGAACCGCCAGCCCAAGGUGCUCUCCUCUCUUUUUUUCCUCCUAAUCUGGAAUUUUCAUUCCCAAACUGUGUCCAAAUGGAAGAGGAGGAGGAAAAGCCCCAGAGAUGCCGCACAAGGAGGGGCUGCAAACCCAGCCCAGGGAGCUCCGAGGAGGAAAGAUCUCCCCAGUGCCAGGAACACGGCCAGAGAUCCAGCCAGAGCUCAGAGCUGGGGGAGAAGCCCCACAAGUGCUUGGAAUGUGGGAAGGGUUUCAGGUACAGCUCCCACCUCAUAAAGCACAGGAGGAUCCACACUGGGGAAAAGCCCUACGAGUGUGGGGAAUGUGGGAAGAGCUUCAGCCAGAGCUCCAACCUGAGGAAUCACCAGAGGAUCCACACAGGGGAACGGCCCUAUGAGUGUGGGAAAUGUGGGAAGAGCUUCACAGAUGUCUCUGACCUGAUGAGACACCAGGUGAUCCACACAGGGGAACGACCCUACACCUGCUUGGAAUGUGGGAAGAGCUUUGGGUGGAGCUCCAAUCUGAGGGCACACCAGCUCAUCCACACUGGGGAGAGGCCCUACGAGUGUCCCGAGUGUGGGAAGAGCUUUGGGUGGAGCUCCACCCUGCGAAAACACCAGCGCAUCCACACUGGGGAGAGGCCCUACGAGUGUCCCGAGUGUGGGAAGAGGUUUCAGACCAGCUCUGAUGUCCUCGUACAUGAGCGGAUUCACACAGAGGAGAGGCCCUUCCGCUGCCCCGAGUGCGGGAAGGGCUUCAACCGCAACUCCAACCUCACCGUCCACCAGCGCAUCCACACUGGGGAGAGGCCCUACGAGUGUCCCCAGUGUGGGAAGAGCUUCUCCAGGGGCUAUCACUUGACCCAACACCAAUGGAGGCACCAGUAAGGGAAGCCCUGCGAGUGCCCCGAGUGCGGGAAGAGCUUCGUGCGCUGCUCCAGCUCCAUCCCCCAUGGGAGGAUCGGCGUUGGAUGAUCCCCAGUGACCCCCGGUGGGCAGAGCCCUGGUGAUCCGUGGUCCUGGUGAUCCGUGUUGGGAAGACACCUGGCUGGGAGGCUCCACAUCUUCCUGUGUCCUUGUGGGCACCUGGAUGAAAGCAGGGGAAUGAAAGUCCAUCAGGACACAGACCAACAAUGGGUAUUCCUUGAGGAGAGUGGAUUUGUUGACUUUCAAUCAUAGAGAACUUUUUUCCACUGCAUCAGGAGCUCGGUGGGCAGAGAAAAGGGGGUCACUGGGCAGUGGGGGUCCCUGGCGGGAGCACACACACUCUGGCGAGGGAGGACACAAUCCCCAGGACCCCCUCUCACCUUUUUGCUCAGGUAGAAGCUGAGCCCCAGCACCAGGAAGGUGAAGCCCAACAUGGAGCCCCCGAUCCCCAUCAGCAUCUUGCUGCAGGUGGCAUUUCACGGCAUCCCUGGGGCAUCUGCAGAGGUCAGGAACCUCAAAACCUCUCACAGACACCCCAAGCC